CUCUCUCUCUCUCUCUCUUCUGUAGCAUGGACUAUGUUUUAAAAAAAAAAGAAUUCUAAUCAAUUAUUUUCCGGUGUUGGAUAAACUCAACGCGUGAUAACUCACAAACUUCGCUUUUGCGUGUGUGUAGGGAGGAACUGUGGUAGUUUUUUUUUUUUUUUUUUUUACGACUUAUUUCCCCUGUUCACUUCAGCCAAGAAUAACUCUGGUUGUCACUAUCAGAGACAUGAACGACAGAGUUGUCGUUAUUGGAAUAACUACAAGGGGGUCUAUCAGUUUGAGUUUUCACAAGCAUGUGUGACAUGUUUUUUUUUCCCCUUCUGCCUUUUCUUCUUGUGUGACAGUACAGUGACAAUUUCAUGGAAUGUUACAAUGUAUUUCACCAUAUCGUCGAAUAUAGUUUAAAAAACUGUGUUUUUUGUUUAGUGUUCAGUGCAUCACAUGACAGCCGUCGUAUAGUCGUUUGAUGACAGGAGAAAGUUGAACGGGUUUAGGGACAAGCUCUUUAUGGGAAUAACCAGCACAGUCGACACAACUGUGACAUUUGGCUUCCAAGUGUUUCGUUAUUAAUUAAAGGAUUCAUAUAAGGCCAGUAAUUAACUGACCUUCGGAGUCUUCAUUUGGACUGGUGGUCGCUUCUCAGGCUAGUUACACCUCGCAGGGCAUGAGGACCUUCAAGUCGUCAACGUUGAACUGAAUUAAGUAACUCGAAUGUACUCCUAUGGUCAGAACGUUGACACAGAGAGUGAAGCCCUAAAAGAAUCACUCCUAAGUUUUGUGUACCUAUCUUGAAAUUAGAGGACUUGUAGCUUAUAAAAUAGAGUCGACAGAACAUUCGCACAGUGUGUAGAUCUAGAUCUGAGGCUCCGACAUACACGUUUAAUAAUUUCUUGAAGAAAAACGAAGCUUUGACCUAAUUUUGAUGUGGUGUAGAUACGGAUACAUUUGUAAGGGGAUGUAGGAGAUAUAUAACUGUUAAGAGCAACAUCUUAUUGAAUCUCUACACUACUUUCUUUAGGAACUUAAUAACGAGGUUAUGAAUGAUCGUCAUCACUAUGAAGUCACGAUUCAGAAGACACAACAUGUGAACGUGUCCUCUGGAGUUGUCUGAACCUAGAAACACACCUCAAAGAACAUUGUCUCCAUAAUAGACCACUCUAUUCAAUAUAAGCUGUGAAAUAACAAGGGAGAGAACUCAUAGUGUAUAAUAGACCACUCUAUUCAAUAUAAGCUGUGAAAUAACAUGAGUGUGAAGGGAGAGAACUCAUAGUGUAUAAUAGAUCAAACUUUUUUCUACUCAAACCGAUUGUUUGAAAAUUGGUUUCAAGUUAAAUCCGUCUACAACAUUCCAUCUUAAAAUUGUCUUCUCUGCGCUAAAAAAGAGGCAAAGAAAGUGAAGGUCGAAUUGAGAGUUAUAUAUAAAAGAGCAAUACAGAAGUCAGUAUGUCUAAGUCCAAGAAUGUCUACCAGGGGCUGAAUGUUCAGAGGAUCCACAGGUCAGAGCUGGACGAUGCCAAGCUUCGAGACCUGGCCAGGGAAGAUGCACGACUUAAUGAAAAUUUGAAAACAGUGGAACGUGCCAGGCACGUGAUGUUAAAGUCUAUGGACGCAGACAAACAGCUAUUCAUUAAGUCUGGAACACAAGCCAAUAAUAAAAGUAACAAGUCCAGCAAUCACGGAUUUCAUCAGAAAUCCCAGUCGAAACUAGCCAAUGACCAAAAGUUAAGACGGCCAAGCUCGGCAGAGGAAAGAGACCCAUCGACCAACGAGCUGAUUCAAAAUCACGUGGCUGAGCGACAGAGGCCCCGCGUGCCGGACGUCACAUCGUACUACGACGCCGGGUCUGUGUACGACCAUCUGGACCACCUGUUUGAAGCCAACGCAGCGCUCGAGUCCGGCAAGAGAGCGUCCAAGGGCAGCCUUCAACUCCAUUCUGGGGAAGGUCAAUUAGUCUCACACAACGGCCUUGACAUUGCUUUUGUGGAGGAGUCGGUCUCUGUUCUUCCUACAGCGGAAAGUGUAGCACGCUCUUCUGUCACGGUGAAUGAGAAAGUUGGUGAAAAUGAAUUCAUUCCAUACAGAGAAGAGGAAACGAGAAAAUCCAACGUUUGGGAUGUACUCAGCACCCCAAAGCACAUUUCAAUCACCAAAGCAAAAAGGGCGCAGGUUGAGAGGGAGUUUACUCGCCCUGCUAAAUCGUCUCCCACUGGGGCGUCUUCCAAAGGUAAAGUUGAUCUACCGAAGCGACAAGUGACAGCUAAGAAGACAAGUGGACAACCCUUAACUCGAAGAAGUUAAAAGUGGACAACCUUUGAUUUGAUUGUAUAUAGGCGAACAACAGUUGACUCUUAAUGUUGAAAUUUAAAAUAAUGUAAAAAUGGACAACCCUUAACUCGAAGAGGUUGAAAGUGGACAGCCCUUGAUUUGAUUGUAUAUAUAUGGACAACAGUUGACUCCAUAUUUUGAGAUUUGAAAUGGUGAAAAAAAAAUGGACAACCUUUGAAAUGUGCAUAAUUCUUGAUUGGAAAUGAUGAAAUCGUGGACUGAUAACCUUUGACCCUAGUACAUGACUCAAUAUGGAUUGUGUAAAAUAUUUUUCUAGUAUUUAUCUUACCCAUAGAUAGUUUGUGAUUGUAGUAAAAGUUACACAUCAAACGUUAUAUUUCUUUAAUUGCAAAGGAACUGGCAAAUUAUUUAUAUUAUCAAACCUAAAUUAUGUAUUCCCAAUCCCCGGUGAUUGCCACUUAUAUCUUGAAAGUUUUAAAACAUAAUUAAAAGCUUUGGGCUCAUUAAUCAUUUCAAUGAGACUGAAUUUUCAUGUGAUCAUGUUACGUCCCUUCGAUGUUGACACAAUCUUAUUGUUUUAUUACUUCCCUUCAUGCCAAUGAAGUUAUUUCACGAGUUAAUCUCUGACAUUCGAGGUAGAUUAAGGCCAAUAUGGCUGAAUAAACCACUUAAUGCUAUCUGAUAGAAGUUCUAUUUUCAUGACUAGAGCAUAUUUAAACAUUGCUAUGUUUGAACAUUUUUAUUGUUACAAAUACCUGAUGUUCAUUGUAUAUGAAUAUGUGGUAUUAUUAAAAUAUAACUACUAAUAUUUAAAUGUGUAAUAAUGGACCUCAUUCACCAAUCGUAAACAAACAACAUUUACCCACGUGAUUCUAUAUAUCUUCUAUACAAAUUAAGAUAAUCUAUAGUGGCUGUCACAUGAUGCAUAUUUUUCAUUGUUUUAUCAAUAUUAUGACGUUGCUAAAUGUGUUUAUUUACGAUUUGUGAAUGAGGUCCAUUCUAGAAAACCUUUUUAUGUUAUUGGUUCUAACAUAUUUUGUUUUCUUUAUUGAGCGCGUGAACUACAAGAGUAAAAAAGAAUAUGAUGGCAUUAAUCAGACUUUCUCUUUAAUUAGCAUAUUUUGCAUAUUGCGCAGCAGUGAAAAACUUUGUGAACCUUCGCCAGAGGUGCCGGUUAUCGGCUUCGCUUUAUGAUUAACAUUUAAGACAUCCCGGCAGCCUCACUGGUAACCAAUGACUGCCACGCUUUCAUCGCCGUGUUCAUUCAUUGAGUCCAUAGUGUUUUCUAGUUACUGCAAUAUACGAUCUAUCCAGCUCCGUUCUCGGCCGUCCCUAGCUUGAGCUGAGCUAAACAUGUUGUCCUUUUUAUAAUACCUCUAUUCAAGUAUUGGUCAGAACUUCAUGGAGGAACCAGGGUGGGUGGAACCAGGGUGAAACCUGGACUGUGAUUAUGAGUGGAUUUCUCCUGGAAAUUUAACAAUUGAUUUAUAUCGCUGAGAAAAGAGAAAUUUUCCAUUGGUUUUUAAUCUUACAAACAUUAUUUUUAAAAGAAAAAAACAAUGGCUUUCUAAGUUGUCUUAAUAAAGAAAAGUAUUUUUUAUGUUUUUCUUGUUAAUUUUCAUCUUAAAAGUUUGGGAUUUUUUUUUCAUGCCUCGUGUUCUCUAUAGUUGUAAGGGUGAUGCUCUCCAGAGCUUCGUGGUAGGCCGUAACUCACGUAGCACAGUAGACUUUAGUAUAGCAUUUAGCAUAGUGUAGUAUAGUAGGGCUGCAACGGAUAGUAGGCUACUUGUUGAUAUUCGACCGGAGCAGGAUAUGGCCGGAUAUUCGUCCGGAGCCAGAGCGAAUAUCCGGUGCACUCCUAGUAUCUAUAAUAUCAUUUUUUUUUAGAUACAAAUUAUUCGAACUUAUACUCCAGAAGUGCAUUUAAAUCUCACAGGAUAAAAAGGCGCCAUCCAAUCGAAGCCAAAAAAAAAAAGGUUAUUUAUUAAUUUUGUUUCAAAGGAGAAUAGACCAAAACGCUUAAUAAAAAGGUUAAUUUAAGAAUUUUUUUUUAAAGUUCUGAGAUUAUGUUAAUGAACGAUAUUAAAAUAAAUGUGUUGCUGAAACCUUUUUGUUAAAGAAUUAUAAUACAUUAACUUGAAUCUAGACGUAUGCCAACUAAAAUCAAGACACAUGCCAACUAAAAUCUAGAUGUAUGCCAACUAAAAUCUAGAUGUAUGCCAACUAAAAUCUAGAUGUAUGCCAACUAAAAUCUAGAUGUAUGCCAACUAAAAUCUAGACGUAUGCCAGCUAAAAUGUAGAUCAAGCUUAAUUAUUAGAUACUUGAAGAAACAAUAGCAGAACUCUCAUAAAGCAAGAAUGAAACCAUCUAAAUCAUACAAAAGACAUUUUUUUUUACAUUAUAUAAUACCGUCCAUUGUAUACUUGUUAAAUAUUUCCACGGAAAUUAUUUCAGUGUCUUUCACAAAUAUAUUCUUUUGUGAUACACUGUAUUUGUGGUAUAUAUUUUUUCUUUUAGAUUACCAAUUAGUCAUUAUUAUAAUGACAAAUUUGAAUAUUUAUAAUUUUGAAUUGUAAUCCUUAUUUUUUUUCUACUCUUUUUAUUAUGGAAAGGUGAAAUUCUACUGGGUUUUUGCUUUAUUUUGUUAUUUCAAUUCCAGAGGUCUUGUAGUAUACAACUUUGUAUAAUAAUAUCACAGACAAUAUAUAUGCCUAUGAUUCAUGUUAUGUAUAAAUUGUUACUUCAUUAUCUUUAUAUUGAAACUCUGAAACUGCUAGAUAGCGCUAACCCUAACCCUUCCUUCUACACGCACAGUUCAUGUAUACAUCAUUUGAUUUUUUUAAAAGUAGUACAGUUGUUUGCGUAUAAUAAUAAUAAUAAUAAGGCUUGCGUCUUGGAGUAUUUACAUUGGCUACGCAGCCCCAGCUGCGACCUGCAUAUUUUGCCACAACCAUCGCAGACAUAACCAUGGUCCACCGGUGGUCGAUUAAGAUUUUCUUUUCACCUCUAUGCCUGUUCUUGACAGUGGAUUUCUUUUUUGGCCUCAAAUGUGUAUCCCGCGUGCUUUGUAGCUGAUCUCCAGCUGUCUCGUUUCGAAGCCACCACCAGCCAGGUUCUCUCUUCCAUGUGAGUUAUAGCAAGUUGUCGCCGAAUCGGAUCUUUAAAGCGUUAUCGUGGGGCACCUCCGUUACGUCGACCACCUUUCAGCUCACCAUAAGAGAUUGCUUUCGGCAUUAAUUCGUCCCACAUACGGGAUACUUGCCCUUCCCAGUGUAGCUGUCGGACUAUAGGAGGUCCCUCUAGACUUUAAAUUAAAGGUGUAAGUGUACAUUAAAGGUGCCCCUUUCGUUGCGCUCUAAGGAUCUUAAUUGGAGAAGAACCCAGGGGCGUGUUGAAAAUGUUGAAUUUCAAAAUCCCAGUUUUUAUCGAGAUUAAUAAAUAGUCGAAGGGAAGAUACAUUCCUUUAGAGAGGACAUGCGCAGUUGUUAGAGUUUUAUUGCCAUGAGACUAAGUGUCAACUUGGGGAAAUUCAUCUUAGUUCAUGUUGCCAACUCUUCAGUCUCAAAGUUAUUCUCUUUAUAUUAUUAUAAUUACCAUUUUUGAACUUAACUUUUUUUAUUUUUUUAUUUUAUUUCUUUAUGAAAUGAAAAUAAUGGGAAAUAACUCGUGUAUAUCUUAACUGGAGGCGAGGUGGCUGAGUGUUAAAGCGCUUAGCUUCCGAACCCUAGGUCCUAGGUUCGAACUAUCAAUGAAGACUUUGGAUUUUGAAUUUUAAGAUCUUUAGGGCGGCUGUGCUGGCCACAUGAUACCUUCAUUAAUCAUGGGAAGCAGGUAACAUUUAAAAGAGGAAAUUUUAAAAAUAUGCUAAUUAAUACCACCGUAAGAUAAAACAAUAACUUUUUCAAUACAUAAUAUAACAUGGGAAAUGGUUUUAGGAAUGUACACAGCUAGGUCAGGGGUCGGCAACCUUUAGAGUCGAAAGAGCCAAAAAUUACAAUUUACAAAAUUUUUAAAUUUUAAAGAGCCACAGCGUUUUUUUUCUUGCCAACAAUACGUAGUACUCACAUUACUAAUUUUUUAAUGAAAAUUUUUUUUUUUUUUUCAAAAGACAAAAUAUAUAUGUAUUCAUAUAUAACUAGUGCUUUCACAGCAAAAGUAGAUAAGAUAUAUAUAUAUGGCAUUAUUAGAUCAUUGUUUUGUUUAUGUUGGUAGCAAAUAGAGCAGUUAAACAUGCAUUAGUAACACUAACUUGUACUUCAAUAACAAGCAAUUAAGCAAACAAAUUCAAUGAAUGGCUUUGGUUUUAGAAAUUUUGUAUACAUUUGGCUCAUAACUUGUUGUUUUUAGUUUCAAACACGACUCUAAAUUUUCAUUUGUUUGUUGGCUUCUUACUUUUAAUAAUAUCAUGCAAGAGAACGCUUGCUCGGACGAAUAUGUAGCUCCGAAUAUAGCACUCGAACUUCUUCACCUCAAUGUUGCAAACUGGAAGAUUAUUCCUUGCGCCGAAUCAACUCGCGGCAUUUUUCUUGUUGCGUUACUUACAUGCAUUUCUGGACUUUCAACUCUUCCAACUUGCUUUUCAACUCUUUAAAUUUUCAACCUCACAAAGUUUUACUUUCAAUCAAUGGCAUUUCUAGAAAUCCAUUAUCAAUUUCAAAUGGAUCAAUGUGGAUUUCGAUACUAUAUGUGUUGAUUUACUAGUAAUGCUAGAAUGAUUUUGUUAGUUUGUAAUUCUUCAUAACUGUCAUAGAAAACUGUCAACAAAUUCAUAUUUGAACUAUUUAUUUUUUGUAACUGUGCUGAAGUAAUUCGUGUCAACAGUUGCACCGAUAUUAUCGCGAUAGUUCUUUAGACAUUUAAUAAAAAAGUAACUUACCGCUCUUCUGCAAUAAUAUUUUUUUUUUUCAAAAGAAGCCUAAUCUUCUACCCAAACAUCGGCUGGGUUUCCAUUUCUUUGUGGUUUAACAUUCAGCUCAUUUAAUUUCGGUGUUAUGUAAAGUUAAAAGUUUUGCAACCUUUUGUCGUUCUCUAAUUCAGGGUGAUAAAUGUCUUUUUUCAUUUAGGAAUGUAUUUAAUUCACUCAAGCACAAACCAAAACGUUUCAACACCUUACCUUUGGAAAGCCAUCACACACUUUAUUUGUGAAGGAGAUCGGAAUACGGAGUUUCCAUUUCGCUUAAGAAUUCUUUAAACUGACGAUGGUUAAGUGCUUUUGACAAGAUGCUAUUAACAAUCUUGAUUACCGAACUUAUGACCUUAACUAUUUCGGUCUGAAUCGUUUGGUCAAAAAGCUCUUCUUGGUGAAACGUAAGAAUUUUGCAAUUUAUUUUGCUUCGAAGAAUUGUAGUUGCUCCUUUAUUUUUUCCUGUCUGGCUCAAUCAGUUGUUUUUUAAACGAUUUUAAUGUCUUCAAGGUAUUUUUCCUCGGCAUACGCUCUAUCAUCCCCUCUAGUUUGUCUCCAGAGCGGUAGCAAUCCAAGUUCUUCUUUUGGAACUUGGGAAGACAUACAUGACAAAAAAGUCAACUUAUCCGUGUCUUUUAUGUUGCCAAUUCAACUAUAGCAAGUGACAAGACAGAAGAAUAUUGAAUAUCUUCCACCUGCAAAUAUGUUACAUUUAAAGACAUUUGAGCUAUUUUAUCUUAUACUGUUUUAGCUUUGAUUUUUUUUUCAAUUUUUUUUUUCGAAAUCAUGAAAAUGUUUUCCAGAUGCACCUAUAAAGCAAUCUUUGACAUACCAUAUGUAAAUGGUUUGCCUUUUUGUGCAAUUUCUAGUGGUACGUACUGGUACCCAACCCAGAUCAGCAUUACUUAUAGAUUGUUUCUAACUUUGAGAAGAUAAUUCGCUUCUAACUCAUUUACCUGAAACAAUAAACUAUACGUCACAGCCAAAAGCGAAUUAAAGCGUACAUAGAAGCAUCGGACGACGGCGUCAUUCAAGAGCUUCCGACGGAAUGAUUACAGUGACGACGCGUGUAAUGGGGGUGGGGGUGUGGUGAAAAGCGAGUACAAGUGGCUGAAGAUAGAAUCAGUGCCUAAUCCUCGUUAAACGAUUCAGAACUUUUUGAAAAAAAAAAUUUCGAUAAAAUAAAUAAUAUUUACGUAUGGAACGAAAGAGCCGCAGCUUCACAUCCAAAGAGCCGCAUGUGGCUCUCGAGCCGCAGGUUGCCGACCCCGGAGCUAGGUUACUGCAUUAUAAGUUAUAUUAUAAGUUGUGGGACUAAAAAUGACCCAAACAGAAUUUAAAAGAUUUUCUUUUUUUAAAUGUUCAUUCACUAACGAUGUCAAAUUGUGUUUAGUUUAGUAUGAUAAUAAUCAUUAUAUAUGGACAAUAAACACAAAAAUAAUCUUGUUAAAAAUUGUAUUCUGUUGGUUAAUGUGAAAAAAAAAAUGCCAGACAAACAAAAUGCUAAAUAGUUUUAGAUUGAAAUGAUAACGAUUGUUAAUUGACUUUUAGUUCAUCAUCAGAGGCGUAUAUAGAUUUGUUGUACCAGAAUGAAGUUUAUCUUUUUUGUUUUUUUAA